AUGCCGACGAUGAGUCUCCGCGAUUUCAACUAUUUCCAUUUGCGACGUCUCAAUCAGAAUAAACCGGGACAUGAUGGCAAAGACAAUCUUAUUUUGCUGGUGGAGAACACGAAAUUCGGACGAAACCCCGACAUGGUGGACGUGGUGCUGACCUCGGCUGUAUACAGUAAUAUGAUAUCAAGGAAUCAUGCGGAAAUUCUGGGAAAGAAGAACGCCCAAGGGAAAUUCGACAAGUACACGAUUUCGGACAGUUCUCUCAACGGCACUUAUAUCAAUGACCAAAGGAUCUCGAAUCAGCCACAUGAGCUAAAAGAAGGUGAUGUGAUCAAGUUUGGACAUAUGAAUGGAGCUGCAGUGAAAGCCGGUCAAGUUGCCCCACAAGCCAAUGCUGAAUUCGCAUUUCUAGUUGAAAGAGCUCAAGCAGCUCACAACUAUUUGGGUUUUGACCCAAAUGGCCGAAGAAGAACGACUGUGAGUUGCAAAGGUGAUGUGGAUUCGCUGACAGAGAUCGUUCCUGGAACACACGCUGAGGCUGCCAGGAUCACACAAUCAGCCAACCAAACUAUUCCGGCAACAGCCACUCAGCCAACUUCUUCUGUUCCUGCAAUAUCCAACUCCCUUCCUUGGUCAGCCGGUCAAUUUUAUGGAGCCUCUCCCGCCGCUCCUGGAACUUUCCAGUUUCCACAAGCCCUCCAAUUUCUUAACUUCAACAAUGCGACCAAUCCAGCCACAGCCAAUCAAUUUAUGUCAAUGUUGGGUGCCAGAAAUCAACAGUUGGACCCUCAAUGGGCGGCAGCGAUGCAAUGCAGCAUUCAAAUGCAGCCAAGACUUGCCACAGCUGCUCAAUUGCAACAAGCUGCACAACAGGCUGCUUUUGGUGGAAAUCCAUACCAGACUCCUCCAUCUACAUCCGCUUCUUUCCUUCCACCAAGCGCCUUGGAUAAUCGUCUCGCCACAUCAACCAAUGCCACACAACAAGCGAAUCUUGCAUUUAACAUGCAGCACAAUUCGGCUCUUGUUAAUUCCAUCCUCCAGCAACAGCAACAGCAGCAAUUUGUGCAAUCACAACAGGCGACCUCUCAACAAACUUCUGUUGUUCAACAAACUGGGCAGCCACACGUAGCCGUUCAAAAUCCACCUCAAAUAAAGACAGAGCCGCCAACGCCAACACUUCCCACAGCUACAAUCAAACCACAGGUUGGGUCUCCGCCAAUGGAAUGUGAUAGCAGCGUGCCCUCGCCACCAAAAGUGAGAGCGACUCCGGUAGCUCCUCAACCAACAACAGCCAUUCCUCGAGCUCCAAGUCCGCGGCAGACAAGUUCAGAUCAGGAUCAAAGGAGUGAGAAAAGCUGGUCAAUGGUUGACUCUCCUCCAAUGCCGAGAGCGCCUGCUCCAUCACAUGCGAAUCGUGAGUUGAGUAGAACUCCUUCUCCCAAGAGUGAUACACCUGAAGCGGAAAAGGAAGCGGCUCGUGAGAAAGAAGAAAGAGAACGGCGUGAAAAAGAGGAGAAAGAACGGGAAAAAGAAGAACGAGAAAAAGAACGGAAGAGAAAAGAUGAUGAAGAAGAAAAAAGGCGGAAGGAGAGAGAACGUGAACAGCGAGAAGCCCGUGAACGACUGAAAGCUGCUGAAGCCAAAGCAAAAGCCAACAAAGGGAGUCGAAAAGGAAGCGAGAUUGCUCGUUUGAUCAACGAUCUAGAGGGUUCCUUCAUGACAUCGGCGAGAGGAUCUGACCUUCGAGAACAACAAGAAUUAUCUCCACCACCACAACCGAAAAAGGAAAAAGAAAAGGAGAAAGAACGACCUAAGCAAUUAGGACGAGCAUCUAAGUCUGAGAAAACUUCAACGGCUGCUUCCACUCCAUCAGAGAAAUCAGUCAAGACGGAAUCAACAACUAAGCAACAGAAUAAGUUGUUGAAGCAACUUUCUGACGUUUCUUCGGUUUCGUCGAGCAGUGAUUCAGAGGCUGACAAGAAAAAGAAGAAAGCACCGACGACUUCAAACAAGAAAACUUCGUCUGUCAGUCAACCGAAGAAAGAUGCUCCUAAAAGACGCCCAGCAACACCAGCUUCGAACAGCUCGGAUUCUGAUUCGGACACGGACUCUUUAUCUUCGCUUGAUGACAACCACGUCCGAGCGAAGGGCUCAACCGCUAAAAAAGCUAGACGGACUUCGACUCCAAAAGCUAUAAAACCUUCAAAACCGAAAACGCCAAUAAUGCCACCAAAGAAGCGCGGAAGAAAGCCAAAGAGUCAAGGCAGCUCGUCAUCUGAAGAAUCGCCAGAACCUGAGCCCAUGUAUCCACCACCAGAUCCAAAUGUUGUCUUCCAUGAUCCUAUUGAAACGUGUGCUAUGGAGAAAGAGUGCAAUCGGCCUCAGACGCAAAACGUUAACUGGGUUGCAUGCGAUGAUUGUGAGAAAUGGUAUCAUGCUAUUUGCAUUCUUGGGAAAGAAGAUAUUACCGGUCUUGACGAAUUCACUUGUGGCUGCAAGGAAAAGAAGACGAAAAAGAAGAAAAUGAGA